GGGACACCUUAGUUUUGGUGGGCGGGGCCUGCGUGUUCAGAACCCCUAUAAAUAAGGGCGGGUGUGCGUCACUCGGCAGAUCCGAGGUUUUGCGCCGUUGGUAACUUUUUGCCGAUUUAUCGCUCAGGGCCGCAGACGUCAACAUGCAGAUCUUUGUGAAGACCCUGACUGGCAAGACCAUCACUCUGGAGGUUGAGCCCAGUGACACCAUCGAGAAUGUGAAGGCCAAGAUCCAGGACAAAGAGGGUAUCCCUCCCGACCAGCAGAGGUUGAUCUUCGCUGGCAAGCAGCUGGAAGAUGGGCGCACCCUGUCUGACUACAACAUCCAGAAAGAGUCAACUCUGCACCUGGUGCUGCGCCUCAGGGGUGGGAUGCAGAUCUUUGUGAAGACCCUGACUGGCAAGACCAUCACUCUGGAGGUUGAGCCCAGUGACACCAUCGAGAAUGUGAAGGCCAAGAUCCAGGACAAGGAGGGUAUCCCUCCCGACCAGCAGAGGCUGAUCUUUGCUGGCAAGCAGCUGGAGGAUGGGCGCACCCUGUCAGAUUACAACAUCCAGAAGGAAUCCACCCUGCACCUGGUGCUGCGCCUCAGGGGGGGCUGUUAAGUUCUUGUGCAUCUUGCUUGACACCAGGGUUGCCAGUGGCACUUGUGUUUGCACUGUAGUUCUUCAAUGUCUUAAUAUUAAGUUAAUGCAAGGUUAAUGCAAGCUUGAGUAACUGCUGAACAACUGUCUGUUGAAAUGCUAAUAAAGUUUUCUGUUGCACAUUA